CAGCGAACAGCAGCGAGCGGUUGCGUGUCAGACAUGAGCUCAUCUGCGGCUGGCUCGUCCACUGGGGCGGCGAGCAUGCAGCAGAUGCUUCAGUGCAUGCGCUCGCGAGGCGAUGACAGGCUGCGCGCGACCUCAGAAUUCAGACAAUAUAUCCUCGCGGGCUCGCAGGGCAGUAACGGCUUCGCAAGGAUCUGGUCAGAGAUCAGUCCGCACUUGUUCACUUUAUGCAAUAGCACAGACGUCAACGACAAGCUCGCUGGCAUCUCUGCCAUCGACAGCAUUAUCGACAUCCUGCCAGCAGGAGAUCCGCUCCGUGCAUCUCGCCUCGUCAACUUCACCUCAAAGGCGCUACCCUGCGCGGAUCCACAGGUCAUGUCGCUAGCUGCGAAAGCCUACGCUCGUCUGGUCAGUCAAGGCGGCAAUGCGAUGAACGAGUAUGUCGAUGUGCAGAUCAAAGCUGCCCUCGAAUGGCUGCAGGGCGAGCGUAUCGAGAAUCGUCGGUAUGCAGCUGCAUUGGUUGUACGCGAAUUGGCCAAGGCAGUGCCUGCACUUGUUUAUGAGCACGUUCCGGAGCUGCUCGACAACCUCUGGACAGCCCUUCGGGAUCCGAAAGUCGCCAUCAGAGAGUCUGCAGCCGCUGCUCUCAAUGGCUGCCUCGAAAUUGCGUCUCAGCGCGAAGGUCAGCUCAAGAACGAAUGGUACAUCAUGGUCUUCGAGCAGGCGCAAAGAGGCUUCAAGAUGGCCACACCGGACGCUAUUCAUGGCUCUCUACUGGGCUACCAAGAGCUGUUCCUGCGGGCCGGGAUGUUCAUGCAUGCGCGCUAUAUCGAAGUCUGCGAACAGAUCUUUAGCUAUAAAGAUCACAGAGAGACGCUCGUUCGCAAAGCCGUCAUCGAAUUGAUACCCACUUUAGCGUCUUACAAUCACACGGAAUUUAUUGCGCACUACCUGCACAAAGGGAUGGUCUAUCUGCUCGGCCAACUCAAGAAAGAACGAGAUCGAGCUAUCUCUUACCACGCUAUCGGACAUGUGGCGUUAUCGGUGACAUCCAGCAUGGCUCCUUACCUUGAUGCCGUCCUGGCCAGUAUCAAGGACGGUCUGCUUGCCAGGGGCCGGAAAACGGCCCCGCCAGAGAGCGCCAUCUUCCAGUGCAUCAGCAUGCUAGCCACUGCAGUCGGUCAAGCGCUCACCAAACACAUGCACGAAUUACUCGACCUCAUGUUUGCAUUUGGCCUCAGUGAAUCGCUGUGCCGCGCCCUCGUUGAUCUCGCGCAUCAUAUACCCCCCUUGGCAGCGACUGUCCGCACGAGGCUACUCAACCUGCUCUCAAUGAUUCUGAGCGGUCAGCCGUUUCGACCGCCUGGCGCUCCGCCCCAGGCGAAGCUCAACGGUUCGCUGACUUUACGCGAGCCCGAACUGGCAGCCGGCGCCGAACAACGGAAUCCGUCAAUCAUCAGCCUGGCCCUCGUCACGCUGGGCACCUUCGACUUUACUGGACAUGUACUAAGCGAAUUCGUUAAGGACACUGUCGUUGGCUAUCUAGAGGAUGACAGCGCAGACGUGCGGAAAGCGUCUGCGCAGACAUGCUGCAAGCUCUUUGCUCGCGAUCCUGUCAUCUUCCAGACGAGCAGUCAUGCUAUACGUCUGGUUGGCACAAUACUCGAGAAGCUGCUCAUCGUCGCCAUCGCCGAUCCCGACCCAACAAUCAGACAGACAACGCUCGAAUCACUGGAUCCCAAGUUCGAUCGACACCUCGCUCAGGCGGAAAACGUGCGCUCGCUGUUUAUCGCGCUCAAUGACGAGAUUUAUGGCAAUCGAGUGAUCGCAAUCAAGAUCAUCGGUCGCCUCUCGGCGUAUAAUCCAGCCUAUGUCAUGCCCUCGCUUCGCAAAACGCUCAUCCAGCUACUAACGGAACUGGAAUACUCAACAUCGAAUCGUAGCCGCGAAGAGAGCGCCACGUUACUGACUCUUCUGAUAAGCGCCUCGCAGCGGCUGACCAAGCCAUAUGUUCUGCCAAUCAUCAAGGUUCUCCUCCCAAAGGCGCGCGAUCGUGUGCCGGCAGUGGCUUCGAGCAUUAUGUUGGCUCUUGGAGAACUGGCUAAAGUUGGCGGCGAGGACGUGCUGCCGCAUCUGGAAGAUUAUAUGACACUUAUCAUCGAGACUUUGUACGAUCAGGCCUCACCAAUCAAGCGAGACGCGGCCCUACACGCUCUAGGACAGCUCGCGUCUCACUCCGGCUAUGUCAUCGAUCCGUACUUGGAUCAUCCCAGUCUGUUGGGCAACUUGAUAGCAGUACUCAAGAGCGAGCAGAACUCGUCAAUCCGGAGAGAAACGAUCCGCGUCAUGGGCAUCCUCGGUGCUCUGGAUCCGUACCGGCAAACGGCAGGAGAGAGACAAUCAUCAGAGACAGCAGUCAAAGCUCAGAAUCCUGCCGAUCCCUCGCAUCCGGCAAACAUUGGGCCUUCGCACGAUGAAUACUAUCCAACGAUUGCCUUCAGUGCGCUUCUUGCGAUCCUUCGCGAUCCGUCGCUGUCCAACCAUCAUACAGCAGUGAUCGAGGCAGUGAUGUACAUCUUCCGUUCGUUGCGCCUUAAAUGCGUCACCUUUCUGCCGCAAGUCAUACCUGCCUUUCUUGGCGCCAUGCGAUCUUGCUCGCCGGGCUUGCAGGAGUACUAUUUCCAGAAUCUCGGUCAUCUCAUCGCGAUGGUUCGUCAGCACGUCCGAAAUCACCUGGACCCUAUCCUAGGCCUAAUCAAAGAUUUCUGGCCUAACGGGGCCGGCGUUCAACUGAUCAUCGUCGACCUGAUCGAGUCCAUCGCAGUCGCACUGGAAGGCGAAUUCAAGGUGUAUUUACCGGCUCUGUUGCCUGCAUUAUUAAGCGUAUUCGAUGGCGAUGGGGACCGCAAGACAGCGAUACAGCUUCGCGUCCUGCACGCCUUUGGCACGAUUGGUGCGAACCUCGAAGAAUAUCUCCAUUUGGUCAUACCGGUCAUCGUGCGAACGAUGGAACGCACGACUGCGCCGAUCAAUAUACGCAAAGCGGCCAUACAGACAGCUGGCAUACUCUGUCGCAAGAUCAACUUUGCAGACUAUGCAUCUCGCAUCAUACAUCCGCUGGCUAGAAUCCUCACAAGCGCUCCGACCGAGCUCAAGAUUGCUGCUAUGGACGCUCUGUGUGCUCUCGUCGCUCAAAUAGGCGCUGAUUAUGCCAGCUUCAUUCCGAUGGUCAACAAAUGUCUCGUGCAAAGCCGGAUACAACACCAGAAAUACCAGCAUCUGAUCUCGACUUUGCUCAAGGGCGAGAGCCUGCCCGAGGAUCUCGGUUACGGUAAUUUCGACGUUGUAGCAAGUGCAGAGGCAAAUCCGGCUGCAGAUGCUGGCAUUAAUAAGCUGCCAGUGAAUCAGCAAAAUCUCAAGAGCGCCUGGGAGACAGUCGAUCGCGCAAAGCCAGACGACUGGCGAGAAUGGCUAAAGCGGCUCAGUGUACAGCUGCUUAAGUCUUCGCCAUCGCACUCGCUACGAGCAUGCGCAAACCUUGCUGAAGUUUACCAGCCCCUCGCACGCGACCUAUUCAACGCCUCCUUCGUGUCCUGCUGGACAGAGCUCUACGAUCAGUACCAGGACGAGCUAGUUAGGGCCAUCGAGAGUGCCCUGUCUUCGCCGACGGUGCCGCCAGAAAUCAUGCAGACUCUACUGAACCUCGCUGAAUUCAUGGAGCAUGAUGACAAGGUCUUACCAAUUUCCAUUCGAGCCCUUGGAUCGUACGCCACAAAGUGUCACGCUUAUGCCAAAGCGCUUCACUACAAAGAGCUAGAAUGCAUGACCGAGCCGAUGCCAGAGACGAUUGAGGCGCUGAUUCGGAUCAAUAAUCAGCUGCAGCAGCCCGACGUCGCUGUCGGCAUUCUCACGCAUGCACAGAGGCAGUACGACAUUGCACUCAAGGAAGAUUGGUAUGAGAAGCUCGAGCGAUGGGAAGAUGCUCUGGCCGCAUAUGAACGCAAGCAACAGGACGAACCGGACAACAUCGAGAUUGUCCUUGGUCGGAUGCGGUGCCUCCAUGCCCUUGGCGAAUGGGAGUCGCUCUCACAUCUUGCUCAAGAGAACUGGUCUAGCGCUACGCUCGAUGUCCGGCGCAAAAUCGCACCGCUUGCAGCGGCAGCAGCUUGGGGUUUGACGCAAUGGGAGACUAUGGACGACUACAUCUCGGCUCUCAAACAUGACUCUGCAGAUCGAUCUUGGUUUCGUGCGAUCCUCAACAUCCAUCGCAAUCAGUUCAACAAGGCACAGCAGCAUGUCAACAAGACACGAGACCUCCUCGACACUGAGCUCACUACGCUCAUUGGCGAGUCUUACAACCGCGCCUACAACCAGAUCGUGCGUGUGCAAAUGCUGGCAGAACUCGAAGAGAUCAUCCAGUACAAGGAGAGCUGUAGAGACGCCAAUGACUCCAGGGAGCGUCGUCAGGUCAUUCAGAAGACAUGGAUGAAGAGGCUGCGAGGAUGUCAGCCAGAUGUUGAAGUCUGGCAGCGGAUACUCAAAGUGCGCGCGCUCGUCAUGACGCCUCGAGAGAACAUGGAGAUGUGGAUAAAAUUUGCUAACCUCUGCCGCAAAUCUGGCAGGUUAGGUCUGGCAGAGAAGACCCUCAACUCGCUGCUGGGUGAUGACUAUGGCGACGCUGAAGGACCUGCUAUGCAGGGGCCGCCUCACGUCAUCUACGCUCACCUGAAAUUCAUGUGGGCAAGUGGUGCCCGGGAGGAGACUUUGGCAUAUCUGCGCGACUUCACAGCGAGACUCUCGCAGGACUUGGGGCUACAGGGUUCUGGGGAUAGACGAGCCCAAACCGAGCUGCUCAUGUCUGACUCUCUGCAGGACUAUACUCAUCUGCUCGCACGAUGCUACUACAAACUCGGCGAAUGGCAGAUGACUCUGCAAGAUGACUGGGGCUCUGAACAUGUGCCAGAUGUCCUCAAGUCUUAUCUUGUCGCAACGCGUCUCGAUCAUCGAUGGUAUAAGGCGUGGCAUGCUUGGGCGCUGGCGAAUUCUGAAGUCGUUUCGCAUUACGUCAAAACGCAGCCAGAUAACGAAGCUAUUUCUCCCGAGCUCUUUGCAGGCCAUCUUGUGCCAUCUGUUCAGGCCUUCUUCCAAUCGAUCGCUUUAUCUCCAGGCAAUUCCGUGCAGGACACGCUGCGCCUGCUCACGCUAUGGUUCAAGUACGGCUACCAUCCCGAUGUGAGUGGCGCGAUCGCAGAGGGGUUCACCAAUGUGUCGGUCGACACGUGGCUCGAAGUCAUACCCCAAUUGAUCGCCCGCAUACAUGCUCCGAGCGCCAAUGUGCGACGCUUGAUUCAACAGGUUCUUACGGACGUGGGUCGAGCGCAUCCACAAGCUCUCGUCUAUGCUCUCACAGUCGCUUCGAAAUAUCCUAGCGCACCUCGUCGCAAAGCAGCUUUGGCUAUCAUGGACAAAAUGCGCGAGCAUAGCGCUUUGCUCGUCGAACAGGCGCUCCUGGUCAGUCAAGAGCUUAUCAGAGUGGCAAUAUUAUGGCAAGAGCUAUGGCAUGAGGGUCUGGAAGAAGCUUCGCGCUUAUUCUAUGGCGACCAUAAUGUCGAGGCCAUGUUUGCAACGCUAGACCCACUACAUGAUAUGCUCGAGAGGGGACCUGAGACCUUGCGCGAGAUUGCUUUCCAUCAGACAUAUGGACGCGACCUACAGGAUGCCCGUGAAUCCUGUCGCCGUUAUAAGCAAUACGGCGAACACAACGAUCUCAAUCGGGCUUGGGAUCUGUACUACCACGUCUUCCGCAAAAUCACCAAAGCGCUCCCUCAGACGACCGUCCUAGAGUUACAGCAUGUCUCGCCCAAAUUGCUGGCAGUGAAGGACCUCAGCCUGGCCGUACCCGGCACUUACCACAGUGGAAAGCCUAUCGUCCGGAUCGGCAAAUUCGCGCCUGCCUUCGACGUCCUCACCUCGAAGCAACGACCGCGAAAAUUGAGAAUCACCGGCAGCGACGGGCAUGAAUAUCCCUUCCUGCUGAAAGGCCACGAGGAUUUGCGACAGGACGAGCGGGUCAUGCAGCUCUUUGGCCUUGUCAACACACUAUUGUCGAGAGAUCCAGAGACGUUCAAGCGACAUCUCAGCAUCCAGCGUUAUCCUGUCGUGCCACUCUCCCCCAAUUCUGGACUGCUCGGCUGGGUUGAGCAGACCGAUACGCUGCAUGUGCUCAUCAAGAAUUAUCGAGACAGCCGCAAGAUACUCCUCAACAUCGAGCAUCGAUUGAUGCUCCAGAUGGCGCCCGACUACGACCACCUUUGCCUGAUGCAAAAGAUCGAAGUGUUCGAAUACGCGCUUGACAACACGACUGGACAAGAUCUAUACCGAGUGCUCUGGCUCAAGUCACGCAAUUCGGAAGCAUGGCUCGAUCGGCGUAGCAACUAUUCGCGAUCGCUGGCCUGCAUGAGCAUGAUCGGACACAUCCUUGGCUUGGGGGAUCGCCAUCCCUCGAAUCUAUUGCUCGAGCGAGGGUCGGCCCGGGUCGUCCAUGUCGAUUUCGGAGACUGCUUCGAGGUGGCCAUGGCGCGAGAGAAGUAUCCCGAACGAGUGCCGUUCAGGCUGACGCGCAUGCUCACACUCGCCAUGGAAAUCUCUGGCGUCGAGGGAACCUUCAGACUAUGCUGCGAAAACACAAUGCGCGUCGCGAGAGACAACAAAGAGUCUAUCAUUGCUGUGCUCGAAGCGUUUGUGCACGAUCCGCUCAUUAAUUGGCGUCUCGUUACGGGCUCUCGCAAGACACCCGCAGCUGCUUCAGAAGUCGCACAAGAGGGUGGCCGGGCCUAUGCUCGUCGCCCGAAAGUCGACGAGACCAAUCUGGCCGAUGAGGAAGCUGCUGAUGCACUCAAUCAGAGAGCGCUCCAAGUCGUCGAUCGCGUUACUCAGAAGCUGACCGGGCGAGACUUCAAGCCGACCGUCAGCCUGUCAGUGGCAGAUCAGGUCGACAAGCUGAUCGUCCAAGCAACUGCGAUCGAGAAUCUCUCGCAGAGCUUCGUGGGCUGGUGCGCGUUCUGGUAGAUGGCGCAUCAUCGAGUGCCGGGGCGCCGACGUGUGCAUUGAAUGCAAACUGCCUUUACCAC